AUGAAGCUAAACAUCUCCUACCCAGUUAAUGGUACUCAAAAGACCUACGAAAUCGAUGAUGAACACAGAAUCCGUGUCUUCUUCGACAAGAGAAUCGGUCAAGAAGUCGAAGGUGAAUCCGUCGGUGACGAAUUCAAGGGUUACACUUUCAAGAUCUCUGGUGGUAACGAUAAGCAAGGUUUCCCAAUGAAGCAAGGUGUUCUAUUACCAACUAGAAUUAAGUUGCUUCUAACCAAGGGUGUCUCUUGUUACAGACCAAGACGUUCUGGUGAAAGAAAGAGAAAGUCUGUUAGAGGUUCCAUCGUUGGUCCAGAUCUAGCUGUUCUAUCUCUAGUCAUUGUCAAGAAGGGUGAACAAGAACUAGAAGGUAUCACUGACUCCACUGUUCCAAAGAGAUUAGGUCCAAAGAGAGCUAACAAGAUCAGAAAGUUCUUCGGUCUAACCAAGGAAGAUGAUGUCCGUGACUUCGUCAUUAGAAGAGAAGUUACUAAGGGUGAAAAGACCUACACCAAGGCUCCAAAGAUCCAAAGAUUAGUCACUCCACAAAGACUACAAAGAAAGAGAAACCAAAAGGCUCUAAAGAUCAAGAACGCUCAAGCUCAAAGAGAAGCUGCUGCUGAGUACGCUCAACUAUUGGCUAAGAGACUAUCUGAAAAGAAGGCUGAAAAGGCUGAAAUCAGAAAGAGAAGAGCUUCUUCUCUAAAGGCUUAA